AUGAACCCCGUACCUGGAUUCCAACACACAUGUCAGACAUGCGGCGUCACAGAGACAAUGGAACAUAUACUACUCCGAUGCAAAGCAAAAGGAAGGAAAGAGGCGUGGACUCUUACCAAAACUCUCUGGAAGCGCAGAAAACAGCCAUGGACAGACGUCGCCCUUGAAGACAUCAUGACAGCCGGGAUGGGACAAUACCCGACCCAAGAAAACGCUAAACGAAAAGAAUCAUCAGCACGUCUAUGGCGCAUCAUUAUACCAGAGACGGCCCACCUAAUCUGGAAAUUACGCUGCGAGAGAGUAAUAGGCCAUGCAGACGAAGAUGGCUGGGAACACUCACGACGAGAAAUCAUACGCAGGUGGUAUGCGACAAUCAACAGAAGACUACAGAUAGACAUGAUAGCAACAAACAAGAGAUUCGGACACCUGGCCAAGAAUAGAGCCUUAGUCUGGUCGACAUGGACAGGAACGAUAGGUGACGAACUCGGUCUACAGGAAGACUGGACGAGAGUCCCACGGGUUUUAGUGGGUAUCGACCCGGGCAUCUGCGUAGAAGUGGAUCCCGGAUAA